CGAAACUGAAACUUUGCUCGCUGCUUGCUAAUAAUACACAGUCUCCUUUCUUCUUUCUUUUUUUUUCUGCUUUUUUUCUUUCUCUGUGGGGAUGCAGUGGGGCUGUUGAUGUCUUACCCUACGUCCCGCCUUAUCUGUGACCUCACCGUCUGAAACCUGAGACUGUAUGGGCGGGUCAGCCGUGAACAUAGCUGCUGGAAACUCCUCCCAGCCUCUACAAAAUACUUGUUUUUCCACACAGAGUGCACUCAAAGUCUGGACACAGGGUUCCAACAUUAGCCCGUGGAUCAGAGCUCAAACUUCUUCUUGCAGUGAAGGGGAUACAGCAUGUCCGAAAUGCUUGACGACAUCUUUGCAACGAACUUUAGAUACCUGACCCUGAACGAUCCCGGCCUCCCAACUAAGCCUCAACUCAAAGCCCCAGAACAGAGUCGGCUGACCCGAUCAGAGUCACUCUUUUCUCCCUCUUCCCACCCUGCCUCUUCGAGCCUCAGCUUGAGCCCUGAGUACGUUGACGCCGAUGAAAAUGGCAGCUCGUUCCUGUCAUCCAACAUCUGGAGCCAGGGCCCUGCCUCCGGCCAAAAGCAGCUCCCCUUUCGACCCGAUCGCUCCAUGAGUCUGACCGAGUCCAGCAGCAGCCUGCUUUCUACGUUUGGACAGUUGAAGAACCUGGAUCUGUUUCCUCCAAGCCCUGCGACCACUGUGGCCCCCCCGCCGGGGUUCCCCCCUUCGUCCAACCUCCCGCCUCAGGUCCCCCCGGCUCUGUCCUCCAACCGUUACAAGACUGAGCUGUGCCGCGGCUUCCAGGAAACCGGCAGCUGCAAGUAUGGCAGCAAGUGCCAGUUUGCCCACGGCGAGGCCGAGCUCCGAGGACUGUACCGCCACCCCAAGUACAAGACGGAGCCCUGCAGAACCUUCUACAACUUUGGUUACUGUCCGUACGGCUCGCGCUGCCACUUCAUCCACGAAGAAAAAAUAUGCGGAGGCCCGCUAGGAUCCGCCAAAUUCCAGAGGAGUUCAGCUCUUGCGACACACAACCCGCGGCAGCUCCGCCAGAGCGUGAGCUUCGCCGGGUUCCUGGGGUCAACCCGCAGCUCGUCCCCUCCCUCGUUCCCUUCGGCCUUCAACGACCCCAACCUGGGCUUCAGCCGCGCCCCGUCCGUCUCCCCGCCCCCCGCCGACCUCCUGUCCCCGGUGUUCGGCGACUCCCUGCAGCGGGAGAAGGCGGCAUUCCAGUUCGGCCACCAGAAGUCCCGCGCCAGCACCGGGGACAUCCACGGCAUUCCUCUCAUCCUGGAGCCCAAGGCCUCGCGCGUCUGCGUCUGCGGCCACGGGAAUAAUUUCAACAGCAACAACGGCGGCAGGGGCUUCGGCGGCGCGGAGGACGGGCCGCAGCAGGACGGCAACAUGCUGUACCCCGGCCACGGCGUCCAGGGCGGCUUCACCAAGCCCCCGGGACUGCAGCGCUUCUCGUCCGAAGACUCUCUGGAGGACAGCUACAGCAGCAGCAGCAGCAGCUCCAGCGGGUCCGAGUCCCCCACGUUCGACGGGUCCUCCACCAAGAGACUCACCGUGUUCGAACGUCUGUCCCUGUCUGACUAAAAGGGAUCCAAAAGGGAGACGAUUGAAAAGUUGACACUUUUCUGUGCUUCUGUGCUUCCCCCUCAGAACCAGAACUCUUCAGAACAAUUUGACGCAAUAACACUUAACGUUCUUAAAUUUGUACAAAUUGUCUUUCACAAACUACUCAUGCUGAGAUGAUUUUAGUAGCUAAAUGUUAUCAGACUCUAUUUUUAUACUUACAAAUAUUGUGUAGCCUAUUAGACCUUUGUAUGUGGUCUUCCAUAAGAAUUACCUCCUCUGCAGGUCUUGACUUGACCAGAACUUUGCCUGGUUCAUAGUUAUCACAAAUCCGCUGUGAUCAAAAUGGCUAAUCAGUAGUGAUAAAUCAUUAAUGCCUGUGCCUUAAAGAUUUUUCUCUUUUCCUUGUAGGCUAUACAUCGUUUGUGCCAAAAACAGUAUGAUUGAUUCAGUAGCCUUCAUCAGUGAGACCUGACAUGUGUUUGUGAUAUGCACUUUACAGCUAAUUCAAACGGGAUAAAGUCCCAGUAGCAUUCACCCAAAGCUUCAUUCUUCAAUCUGCCCUGUGUUUGUAUGUGUGUACUGGUGUGUGUGUGUGUGUGUGAGAGAGAGAGAGGGCUCGUGGGCAUGCAUGU